CAGUGGCGGAGUGUCAUCACCGGCACAAAUUAUGCUUUUUUCCAGCAGAGUCUUCCCAAAAAGUGAUGUUCGCUAUUUUUUGUAGUGGCGCCUUGUAGUGUUUCAUCGUUAACUAAUUAAUUAAACCCAAUCCGAAAAGUGCUGUCCAUCGUGUCCUAUAUAUUAGUGUAGUAACAAUUGUGAUCCGCCUGCAUGUGUGUUUCCAGUGGCUCGGAAAAUGCCCCGUCCUUGGAAUGAUUUUUGGGAGGCUGUUGUGGGACACUUACUGGGAAAAUAAUAAAUAGCAUCGCAUUGGAAUUUGGAAAAGCCGCAGCUGUUCCAUUGCGACAGGUGCAGCGGCACACUCACACACUCAUACCCGCAUUUACCUAUUCCGCCCGUCCAAUAACAACAACAAUGGCUGGAACAGCGACCGCGACGCCAAUGGAAAUUGACGAAUUCAUAAAUGGAGCACUCGUUUCUUGGCUAGAGUCAUGUCUGCCACGUGCCGAGCUCCUUGCGGGAUAUACUUCCCUGCUGGACGGGCACAUAAUCCACAGUGUCUGGCUGCAGAUCGAUCCGGAGCCGCAGAAUAAUCCCAGCGAGCUGAAUGACUUGAAUGGGAAAUCCCUGAGCAUCGCUAGGGCCAAGAACUUUGAAUGCAUCGUGAGGAAUCUCAAAUCCCUGUUCGAGGAGGAACUCGGACAGACUAUUCUUGUCCUACCAGAUGCCUUCACCCUGGGCCAUCAUCCGGAGAGCAGAAACGGCUUGGAUCAGAUGAAAACCCUCCUGACCCUGCUUCUCGGUGCAGCUGUACAGUGCCCCAACAAGGAGCUGUUUAUUGCCCGCAUCAAGGAAUUGGAUCUGGAGACGCAGCAUGCCAUUGUGGCACUGAUCAAACAGGUGACGGAUAGCCACAGUCUGGUGCUCACCGAGGAUUCCUUGGAGCGGCUGACCCCGCAGAGCAUGUACACGCACAUCCUGCGCCUGACCAAGGAGCGAGAUCUUAUGUAUCUCAAGUGGAUCGACCUGGCGUGCGUGGAGACCGAAAUGGCAGCCAAUGAUAGCCUGGUGGAGUGCGGCCAGGGGGUCAGCGUUCCACGUUCUCCUUCGAAUGGAACUGCCACCUCAACGCUUUCAUCUUCUUCCAACUCGGAGAGCAAUCACCUGGCCGUGGAGUGUGCCGAUUUGCGGUCUAAGAACCGCAAACUGCGGCAGGAACUAGAGGAAAAGUCGGAGAAUCUUUUGGAGCUUCGCGAGGAGCUGGAUGACAAGAAGGCGCGGUUUGACAAACUCCGCCAGGAGAGCCAGGAAUGGUUCACAGAGGCCAAGCGAGCAGCUGCCUAUCGCGAUGAGGUGGACAUCCUACGGGAGCGGGCAGAACGAGCCGAUCGACUGGAAGUUGAUGUUCAAAAGUAUCGCGAGAAACUCGGCGACUCUGACUUUUACAAAUCCCGCGUUGAGGAGCUGCGCGAGGAUAACCGGGUGCUUCUAGAAUCAAAAGAAAUGUUGGAGGAGCAAUUGCAGCGAUACCGUAAAAGGUCUGAACACGCCAUUACCCUCGAAUCUGAGAUCAUCAAGUACAAGCAAAAACUCAACGACAUGGCGCUGGAACGGGACGUAGAUCGCUCCAAGUUGGAAGAGCUACUUGAAGAGAACGCGCAACUGCAACUGGUAGCCAGGAACCUCAACUCCACGAUGGAUCUGGAUAAAUCCUUCUCCGAAAACGAAGACGACUGCAACUCGGGCGACAACAGCCUGUCCGAACAGCUAACGAACAAUGCCCAAACCCGUGCCCUCAAGUUGGAGCUGGAGAACCGUCGCUUGACUGCCGCACUUGAGCAGUUGAAGGAGAGCAGCUUCCACGAGUCUACCAGCAAGAUGCUAGAACUGGAAAAGGAAAAGAAAAAGCUAUCGCUAAAAACGGAGCAGAUGCAAGAGAACAUUCAGCGACUGACUCAGCAGAAUGUGGAACUCGAGAGCGUCUUUAAAAAUGCUCUGGAAGAGAACAAGAAAUUGCAGGACGCUGUGGACAAUCGCCAGAAGAGCUACGAUCGUCAGAGUAUGGAGCGCGAGGCCGACCGUCAGAAACUAUCGGACGCCGAGCAACAUGUCGAAACUUUAAACAAGGAAAAGCAACGCAUCCAAACUCUCAAUGAAAGCAUUCAGCGACGAGCCGACGAUCUUGAACGUCUGGCGGAAAGCAAGGCAAAGGAACUAGAGCAAUACUCGGAAAAAUCCAAGCAAUACGAGCAAACUAAACAGAAGCUCUACGAAAUCGAGACCAAGGUCUCCACAUUUGAGCGCGAGAACGCCAGCCUGCUAAAGGAAGUGUCCAAACUGAAGGAGGGCAGCGAGCUCAAGUCUGUGCAGCUGGACGAGAGUGUCAAUCGUCUGGAUGUACAGAGCAAGGAGCUUCAGAAGCUGGGCAAGGCACUUGAAGAAUCGGAGCAGGUUCAUCACAAACUCGUUGAGCUAGAAAAGCAAAAUCAAGAGCUAGUUUCACAGCGCAACAUUGAUCAGGAGAUGAUAAGCACCCUUCGCAACGACCUGGUAACUGGUACUCUAGUAACAAAGAAAGUUCGCCACAACUUGGAAAAACUGGGACUAGCCGACGAGGAGCCCGGUGAGCUGAACGUAGAGCAUGUGGUAGAGAAACUGGUGCGCAAUCCGGAGACUUUCAAAACCGUGCGUGAAAUUAUGCUAAACGUGACCAGGGAGCAGCAAGAGGAGGAGGAGCGCGAAGGCGGCGUCAAGUCAGACAUGUGUGUGCUCUGCCACCGCCAGGAGAUCUUUACGGUGGAAAAGAACAUUGAACUCGCGGCUGCGCCAGUUCCUGCUGCAGCGCAACCCUCUUCCCAGGAACUUCGUUUCGAGCACAAGCUGCGAGUGAGUCCGGCACGUGAGUCUGCAGAGCUGAACCGCAUCAAGGAUUCAAAUACUCAACUACAGACGGAGAACGCUCGGCUCAGUGUGGAUGUGGCUGCCUUGGGUUCGCAAAUCACUUCCCUAAACACCCAGCACGUAGCCCUUCAACUUGCUAACUCCCAGCUCGCUGCCGAAAAGGACACUCUUCUAAAAGACAUCGAUUCUCUGCAGCAGGAGCACAAGCAUGCGUUGCAGGAUCAGGUUACGUUGCAGUGUCUUCACGAUCAGCUUUCCGCGGAGUACGAAUCGCUGAACAAGGACAAGGAGCAGCUAAAGGCGGCAGUGCGGGAUUUGCGACAGGAGCUGCGCGACACCCGCGAACAACAGUCGGCAUUGGAGCAGCGCAUCGAGGACUUGACCACCCAAAACAACAACAUGAAGACCUGCUCCGAGGACCUGUCAAUCUUGCGCACCGAGCACUCCAAGCUAACCGACGACUUCCGCAAUCUCUUCGCCACCAGCGAUCGCUUCAAGAACGAGUACAAGAACAUCCAGGAGCAGUACAAGAUGGUGCGCAUGGAGCACUCGAGCCUCAAGCUACAAAACACUGAGCUCUCAGGCGAGCUGAACACGAAGAGCGAUCAAGUGCGUCACCUGCAAGUGGAGUACAGCAAGGUUCAGCAGCGUUGCGAGAUGUUGAUUCAAAACAAUGCUGAGCUCGAUUCGGAGCGCAAGGCUCUGAUGGACAAUGUGUCGCAGUUGCUCUCCCAGUACCAGGAACUUUUGGCCAUAUCCUUGGAGGACAAAAAGCACUUCCACGAGGAGGAGAAGAACUACACCGAACGGGUGCACAGUUUGAAGCGGCAGAAGGAGAAGCUUGAGGAGAAAAUCAUGGAGCAUUACAAAAAGUCAGAGACUACAGUGCACAAGAAAAAACCCUUUGCCAGCAUGCUGGUUAGAAGAGUGAAGAAGGCCAGCUCGGAUCUGAUGAACAAAGUGCCCAGUCGAAACCGUCGCUCCUGGGUGGAUGACGCCCGUACCAAUUCGCAGUUUGUUAUCGGCUCCGAGUCCGGUGGCAAUGAGUCAGACAAUAGCAACGAGGAGCCACUGUCCAUUGCCUCCGAUACGCAUCUGCUCCAGCGGAAUGUCCCGCUUCGUCAGAGUCUGCAGCGGGAUUUGCUGGAUAACUCGAUCCAACGCGGCGGCGCCGUGCGCAGUAGCCUGCAGGCUCAGAAACGUACGGAUUUGAAUAACUCACGUAGAAAUAGCGUGCACGGCAGUCUUGAAGCGCCAGACGUGACGGGCAGCAGUCUGACGCUUGGCACAGCCGGCUCCCGUCGUACCGUUUAUCUAAUUGACGAGCACCAGAAGCUUCCCGAUGGCUCCAGUCCCGGCUCUAAUGCCCAGCCGCAUUCGGGGGGCAGCAGUGGCAGCGGCAAUACCGCAACGCCCACGCCCGCAGAACCUCAGACGCCUCAGAAGAGUGCCUUGGACAACAGUGCACCAGUGGGCCCAUCCACGUUUCUCAUGUACAACCGGAUAAACACAACGAUCGGAGGAGCCUCGACCAGCGGAGACCAGAGUCCACUGCUGCAGGCCAGCGGCAGCGUCUCCGGAACGCCCUUGCAGGAUGACAAGUCGGCGAGGAAGCGGACCGAGGACAAGAGCAAUAGCAUCUGGUAUGAGUACGGCUGCGUCUAGA